AUGAUCAGUUCGUAUCAGAACUUCAGCGGCGUCGCCGCCACCGCCGCCGCGUACAACCCGAUGGCGUACAGCCACCACGCUGGCCACGGACAACACAUUCAGUCCAUGUACGGCGGCGCCGUGGCCGCGGCCGCGCACCAGGCCGCCUACCACGCUGGCCAGCAGCCGGUGGCCUACAACCCAGCGGAUUACGGGUCACCUGUGGCGCCGCCACAGCAGUCCAGGUACUACGAAUCGCCCAACAGGCCGCCGAUGACCACGACAGAACCGCCGAACCGCAAGAAACCCGUUCCGCAACAGCCGCCCGUCCAGUUCACCAGAGUCCAAGGCGGAGUGCCCGGAGGUAAGACUUCGCUGCACGCUGUGCUGGACUACGACGUCGACGAAGAAGAGGAAUCAGUAGAUUACUACGACGAAACUUACAGUCACAGCGGAGUGACGCCUAUCCAGGGUCCUAUAUUUUUAAGAAAUGGUUCUGUGCCGGUCGUGCCGUUGUACGGUUACCAAAAAGUGAGCAACGGAUCUUUGCUGCAGAUACCGGUAUUUUGGACUGCUCUUUCAUUUGCCUUAGGAUAUGAAAUUGGAGGAGAUGUGAUUCGUGGGACUCCGUGUAUUAAAAGAAAUCACCAAUUGUUUUGUCCGACAGCAGGAAAAAGUUACCCAGUAGACCGAAUCGACAGAUUUAUCGAUGAAAAUAAAGCGCUCAUGAAACGAAUGUAUGGCGAUUUCGAAAUGAUGGAGAACGGGCCAUUUCCCAAGGCAAAAAGAUCGACAUCUCGGAAAAGAAGACAGGACUCUAGUUUUUCGGACAAUCAAUCGAAACCGAAUAAGCUUCCGACCAGAGGCCAGCCCGCAGAUUCUGGAAGGGUAGACUCUUGCGAAUCUAAAGUAGAAGUGGUCACUCCGUAUUGGGCUUCGAACAGCGUGGGUAAGACCAGAGCGAUCGUUAACACCGAACACUUCGAACAAGCUAUUCAUCAAGAAGUUUGCACUAAGACGCUCACCGGACGCUGUUCAGGGGACUGUGGAUGCGAACAAAAGUAUAAAUGGCACAGGCUGUUAGCGUACGAUCCCGACAAUGACUGCAAAGGGAUAUUUAUGGAUUGGUUUUUAUUCCCGUCUUGCUGUGUGUGUCGAUGCGAUUCUGCAACCCCGAACAAUGUUUAG